CCCCAGCCCUGAUGAACCUGUCCAGCCAGAGCGGGGAGGCCGGGGCCUGUCAGCUCCUCUUCGCCAACUUCAACCAGGACACCACAUCCCUCGCUGUUGGUACCAAAUCCGGCUACAAGUUUUUCUCCCUUUCGUCUGUGGAUAAAUUAGAACAGAUUUAUGAAUGCACUGACACGGAGGACGUAUGCAUUGUGGAAAGGCUGUUCUCAAGCAGUUUAGUCGCUAUCGUGAGCCUCAAAGCUCCCAGAAAGCUGAAGGUCUGUCACUUUAAGAAAGGAACUGAGAUCUGUAACUACAGCUAUUCCAACACAAUUCUGGCCGUCAAGCUAAACAGACAGAGACUGAUUGUAUGUCUGGAAGAGAGUUUGUACAUUCACAAUAUCAGAGAUAUGAAAGUUCUGCACACGAUCAGAGAGACACCACCAAACCCCUCAGGGCUAUGUGCACUUUCCAUUAGCAAUGACAAUUGCUACCUUGCGUAUCCGGGAAGUGCAACAAUUGGGGAGGUCCAGGUCUUUGACACGAUCAAUCUGAGAGCCGCAAACAUGAUCCCAGCUCACGACAGUCCUCUUGCAGCUUUGACGUUUGACGCAAGUGGUUCAAAACUGGCAACAGCUUCUGAAAAGGGAACUGUAAUCCGAGUGUUCUCCAUUCCAGAGGGACAGAAACUCUUUGAAUUCAGAAGAGGGGUCAAGAGGUGUGUGAGUAUCUGUUCGCUAGCGUUUAGUAUGGAUGGAAUGUUCCUGUCAGCGUCCAGCAAUACGGAGACCGUUCAUAUCUUCAAACUGGAGACACAGAAGGAAAAACCACAGGAGGAACCAACCACAUGGACCGGUUACUUUGGGAAAGUGCUCAUGGCUUCUACCAGCUACCUGCCCUCCCAGGUCACCGAGAUGUUCAACCAAGGCAGGGCCUUCGCGACUGUCCGCCUGCCUUUCUCAGGUCACAGGAAUAUCUGUGCUUUGGCCACGAUUCAGAAGAUACCUCGUCUGUUGGUGGCAGCGGCUGACGGCUAUCUGUACAUGUACAACCUGGAUCCACAAGACGGGGGCGAAUGCACGUUAAUGAAACAGCAUAAGUUAGAUGGCAGUGUGGAGGCAGCCAAUGAGAUUCUCGAGCCCUCACCGCACGACCGACCAUUAGUAGCUCAGACGUACAGCUCCGCAGCCAAAGUCACGUACACUCCCUCGUCACCAACAAGACACGUUUACUCCGAGGACCAAGGAGCAUCAGGGGGAGCGGACCCAGACGAGGAUCUGAACAUAGGGACGCUGCGAUUGGACGAGGACAACGAGAACCCACCUCUGAUCCUCAAGAGCGAGUGAUCUGUGACCCGUGAACUUGCACAAUGUCGUGCAGAGAACACUUGUGACCGACUGUGAAGCUGCUACAGACUUUUUAAUCGUCGCAGGGACAGAAAGUGAAGAAAAGGAAGUUUUGAAAACUUUUAAAAAAACAAAAAAAAGUAGCUGUAGCUUAAUUCAAUAAUGUUGGAUACAAAAUAUAUUGUUUUUUCCCCCUCCGCCCGGUGGCUUUUAAUUCCCGUAAAGAAUUAGAGUAACUGCGUGUCUUCCUCCCACCUCCCACCCGCCAAAUAAAUCCUGCUGCCUGAUGCAGCCAUGAAGCUUUGCAUGUGCCAACAGUAGAGAGUUUAGAACCCACUUUAAUAUUGCAUUGUACUAGCUGUGUUCCCAUUGACUCGCCUCUCUUUGCAUCUACAGGACUUAAUGGGAUCAUGGAAUACUUUUGCUCCUCUUAUUGCUGGGUGCAGGUUUCAAAGAGUUGUAUGGUAGCAACCGCAACCCAAUUUUUUUACAUAACCUUUGUCCGUCCCUCCCAUCCAUGUGUAGAAUUUCCAGAAAGGUUUUUUCUGAAAGAGUCACGAUAAACCGUUAGGAUAUUUACGGUCCUUCAGAUUUCACUGUUUGUUGAGGGGGGAGGGGGGAGGAAAGUCGGCUGGGAUGGGGGAGAAAGAGAAAGGGGUGAAUUAUUUUUUAAAAAGAGGCACCGUAUUUUCGAAGGUUCAUUGAACGCGAUGUAGAGGGAAAAAAAAUCCUAAAACAAUCCUGGGGUUAAAUACCAGGCAAAAGCCUCGGAAUAAAUUCAGAAAAUAAAGAUGGUAUUCUACA